GUAAAUUUACAAUUUUAGUUUUUUUUUAGUGCUUUACGUAAAAUUUUGAAUUUAUUUCGGUCACUCGGUUGCCCAUCGAUGAUUGAAUAUUUUACGCGCGGGCCGACUACGUUUCGCAGUCUUGACGUGAACUUUCUCUACGCACCCUUUUGAUCGCAAUCAACCGGCCGUAAACAACAUGAGAAAACUCGAUUUUCGCGCACACCUAUCGCUGCACUAUUUCUCUUUGCGACUACUUUUACUGGGUCUGUCACCGUCCGACCCGAAAAAGAAUGACUCUUAAAAUCCACUCCUGUGGUCUAGUAGUAGUUUUCGAGUGACCAGAAAAAAACCACACAAUGCCAAAAUGCGGAUUGCACACGAAAUAUUUGCCAGCGACGUUUGCAUGGAUACUGCUACUUGGGACGACUGGGGCUUUUUUUUAUUAUCCAUGUCGAUUUUUUGCUCAAUUUUAUCCAUGGGUACCAGUCGUUCAUGGUAUAGUUACGUUUUUUGUUAUAGCAAACUUCACAUUGGCUACAUUUAUGGAUCCAGGUGUAAUACCAAAAGCACCAGAAGACGAAGACACUGGUGAUGAUUUCCAGUCACCUUUGUAUAAGUCAACCGAAGUGAACACAAUUCAAGUGAGAAUGAAAUGGUGUUCCACAUGUAGAUUUUACAGGCCACCAAGAUGCUCUCAUUGUAGUGUUUGCAACUGUUGUAUAGAAACAUUCGAUCAUCAUUGCCCAUGGGUUAACAAUUGCAUUGGUCGUCGCAACUAUCGCUAUUUCUUCUUUUUUCUUAUAUCACUUAGUAUACAUAUGGCGUCUAUAUUUGGUGUUUGUUGUUGGUAUAUUUUAUAUCAUAAAGAUAAAAUUGGAGACAUUGAUACUUUAGUAUCAUUAACAUUGUGUGGCUUAGUAAUUAUUUUGUUCAUUCCAAUUUUUGGUUUGACUGGUUUUCAUGCUGUAUUAGUAGCUCGUGGUCGAACAACUAAUGAACAAGUUACUGGAAAGUUCAAAGGUGGUUACAAUCCAUUUUCACACGGCUGCCGUCUUAAUUGUAUAAUUAUUUUAUUCGGACCUCAGUUUCCUAGUUUGUUAAAAGUGAAAACUUCUAAGUAUCAAAAACAUAAAAAACAGAUUCAAAACAGUUUUAAUGUACCUCCACCAUUAUUAACAAAAGAAGAUAAUUGUGGGCCACCUGUUGCUAAAACUUAUUUGGAUAAUAGCAAUGGCCUACAUCAUUCUUCAAAUAAUUACAAUAAGAUGUCGCCAGGUAGAGAGUGUUUAGAACUUGAUAAUGAAUUAACUGCCUCACAGUCACAAGAUUGUGAACCAACACCACCAUUACAGCGUCAAGGUUCAAAAAACAAUUUUUACUUGCCCUCUUAUGAUACAAAUGACAGUGCCAGAAUGUCUUAUGUGACACGAACAGCACCACACCCAUCACGACCUAGAAUGAACGAAAUGGGUAACAGUUUGUCAAGAGAAACCAUGAUAGAUCCAAAUCGUCAAUCUAACAUCAUUAUGCAAAGUCCAACUAUGCAGCAGAGAAUGAAAGCUAUCGGGGUACCUACUGCUUUGGCAUUGUCUAGUCCAUUAAGGCGAUCAAACCCUGGAACUCCAACUCAAGUAAAACGACCAGACUUCAUAGGAGUUGGGUCUUCUACUAAACAUUAUGAUUAUCAAGAACGUAGUCCACAACGGCGUUUUUUGUCUGAAGGCGACAUUUUACGUGAGCACGAACGUCCACCUUCAUAUCCACGAAUAAAUAAUACAGUUGACAAUAUUCAAGAAUUAGCUGGAUCACCGCAGAGAGGUGUUUAUACAUGGAAAGACACUCCUGGCACAACUGGUUCUUACUAUGUCCCUCGACAAGCACCUACAUUCAACUAUUGUGCAGCACAUAAUGAUUAUAGAUCUAAUCCAACUAGUCCAACUACAAAAACAUAUUACCCAGUUCGUGGAGGAGUUCCUGUUUAUCCACCUCAACCAUCACCUGUAGGCAAGAAAAAACCUCCUCCUGUACAGACAAGGAGACCUAUGUCUUUUGCUAGGGCAUUAGACCAUGAUGCAAUAGAGAUGUCAAUUAAUAGAGGAAACAACACUGAUAACGGAAGUCCCGAUCGUAAAAGUGCUUAUGACAAAAACUAUGAAAUAUCUGUUUAAGUGUGUUGUUGAUAGCUUUCUUUUUGACUUUCCAAAAUCUUUUUCUUUUUUUUUUUUUAAUGUUAUGUUAAAUUAUUGCCAUGUGCAUUUUCUGUAAAAAUUGAAAUUAACUGUUGUAAAUAUAAUAUAUAUAUAUUUUUUCUUAAGGCCCAUCAAAAGCAAAUAUAUUACUUAUAAAGUUGUGUGUUACAGGGUGUUGUAGGAUAUGUUUAAAAUAGUGAUUAAUUAUAUUUAUUUGAAGUUAAGCAAUUUCAUCUUAAACUUUGUUUUCAUUAUCUUACUUAUUUGUUAAUUUUAAUGGUAGAACAAUUAAUUAUAAAGUCUAGUCAUAAUUUCUAAAAUAUUAA